CCAGCAACAACACUCCACGCAGAACGAACAAUGCGAUGGCCUUGGUCGGGCGACGAAGAUGAGCAGAGGAAGACCAGACUCGCAGCAUGGACCGAACCGUACGACUCGAAUGAUUGGGCGACGACUCUCCUUGAGCCAAGGUCCCUGAUCCCAUCUGUUGCGCUCACAGUAUCCACCGUCGCUGGUAUUCGUCUGUACAAAUCCUACUUACGAAGGAUACCCACUAUCAACCACAUCAAACCCGACUACUUUCGACGCAGAAGUCUGUUUGGUCAGGUCACAAGCGUUGGAGAUGCGGACAAUUUCAGGUUGUAUCAUACACCUGGCGGACGACUAGCAGGAUGGGGCUGGUUGCCAUGGAAAACUGUACCGACAAAAAGAGACCAACUUAUGAAGCAGACACUUCACAUACGAAUCGCUGGAGUUGAUGCGCCAGAGCUUGCGCAUUGGGGCCGAGAGGCUCAACCAUACUCGAAAGAAGCACUUGAGAUGCUCACCGAUCUCAUCCACAACCGUCGAGUUCGUGCACAACUAUACAGACGUGACCAAUACGACAGAGUUGUAGCACAGGUCUACGUGCGCAAGUGGUUCUUCAAGAAAGAUGUGGGGUUGGAGAUGUUGAAGGCAGGCUUAGCAACCGUUUACGAAGCUAAAUCUGGAGCCGAGUUUGGGUCCUCUGAAGAGAAGUACCGCGCUGCUGAAGAGCAGGCCAAAGAACGCAAGGUUGGGAUGUGGUCCAGGCCAGGGCUGAUACAGAGACUGGCUGGCGCAACGACGAAGGCUCCAGAGAGCCCACGAGAGUACAAGACCAGACACACAGCAGCAGAGAAGCAAAAGAAGACAUGAACAUUUAACGUCACUAUACAUGAACUGUUGCCGAGGGGAGCUAUUUGGUGUUCGUGGAAGACUGCAUGGCAGCUUGGAGCAUAUACCGCACAAUUGUAUAGACUUCCUCAAGGUAUCGACAUACGACCUGCACUCCUCAUCACAUAUCAGUCGAUGCGAUUUCUUCGAUACAGCGACAGUCACACAUAGGUCGGGAGAGGUACCGAGAAUUCUGACUCUUCGAUCUGAGGAAUUUGUUCAGAAGCUAUGCAAUCGCUCAGCCAUGCCAAUCACAAUGAUCAGCGCUACUAGCGCGCACAGUCCAUGCCCAGGACAAUAAAGUAGGAAAUCCGCUCUUUACUUUGACGCGGCCGCAGGCCGGUUAGAG